GAAGUUUUCUUCAAUAUAAAGCAAACUCUGGUGUUGGAAACUUGAUGAUCAAGUUGUGGAAUGAAAUCAUGAACAAGAUACAACUUAAGAAGUAACAGUGGUCUAACAACUCAUUUCUUGACUCUAGUCAUGGAAACCUCUUUCUUUGUUUUUCUCUUCUGGUUUUUCUUUGUUCUUCUUCUUCCCUCUGCUUAUUCAGUUUCUUUCCAAAUUCCUCGAUUUGAUCCCACCGAUGCCAGAAUAGUAUAUGAAGGUGACGCUAGGCCUAAUGUUGGAGCCAUUGAUUUCACAAGCCUAACUUAUGUCUGUCACAUUGGUAGAGCCACCUAUGCACAGAAAGUGCCACUCUGGGACCCUAAAUCCAGCAAGCUAACAGACUUCACUACUCGUUUUUCGUUCAGCAUCGACACCCUGAAUCGAUCAUCAUAUGCUGCAGGCCUAGCUUUCUUCCUUGCUCCUGCUGGAUUCCUGAUUCCGGUUAAUUCCAUUGGUGGGUUCCUAGGCCUAUACAACACCACAACAAGUGACUCUUCUAUAAAUAAAAUUGUUCAUGUUGAGUUUGGCACAUUCUCUAAUCCGGCAUGGGAUCCUCCAUAUCAGCAUGUUGGGAUCAACAAAGAUUCCAUUGCUUCAGCAAACACAACAGCUUGGAACGCAAGCUUCCACAGUGAUGAUAACGCAGAUGUACUAAUCACAUACAAUUCUACUACAAAGAAUUUUAGUAUGUCAUGGACUUAUAAAUCAACCAGUAAUCCUCAGGAGAAUUCUAGUCUCUCCCUCAUCAUUGAUCUUCGAGAGGUUCUACUGAGGAUCAUGAUCGGAUUUUCAGCUGCAAAUAGUUAUCUAUUCGAACGACAUUUGGUUUCAUCUUGGGAGUUCAGUUCAAGUUUGGAUAUAAAGGAAACACAUGAAAACAAAGAAAGAAUUUUAGGCCUUACUGUUGGUCUACCAGUUUCAUUUGGUGUCUUGCUUGUUGGAGCAAGUGUUGUCUUUGGUAUUUGGUGGAGAAUGAAGAAGCAAGAGGCAGAUGCAACAGCAGAGAUGGUGAAUUUAACAUCAAUCAAUGAAGAUCUUGAAAAAGGAGCAGGACCAAGAAGGUUUUCUUACAAAGAACUUAUGUCAGCUACCAACAACUUCUCAAAUGACAGGAAACUUGGAGCAGGAGGAUUUGGUGCAGUUUACAAAGGGUACUUAAGUGAUCCGCAUAUUCCUGUAGCUGUCAAGAAGAUUUCAAGAGGUUCUAAACAGGGGAAAAAGGAGUAUAUAACCGAGAUAAGGAUCAUUAGCCGGUUGAGACACCGGAAUCUAGUGCAGCUCUUGGGUUGGUGCCAUGACAGAGGCGAACUCCUUAUUGUUUAUGAAUUCAUGUCGAAUGGUAGCCUUGAUUCUCAUAUCUUUGGGAAUAAGACUCCUCUGACUUGGGUUUUGAGGUACAAGAUAGCCCUUGGAAUAGCCUCCGGAAUGCUCUAUCUUCACGAAGAAUGGACACAAUGUGUGGUGCACCGCGAUAUCAAAUCAAGCAAUAUAAUGCUGGAUUCUAGUUUUAAUGUUAAGCUUGGUGACUUUGGUUUAGCCAAGCUCAUGGACCAUGAGCUAGGUCCUCUCACAACUGGGUUAGCAGGAACAUUAGGUUACCUGGCUUCUGAAUAUAUAAGCACGGGCAGAGCUAGCAAAGAGUCGGAUGUGUACAGCUUUGGAGUGGUGGCAUUAGAAAUAGCCACAGGAAAAAAGGCUGUCAAUCCUACAGGUCAGAGCCCGGAAAUGAGUUUGUUAGAGUGGAUUUGGGGUCUUUAUGGAAGUGGCAAUCUGAUAUCAUCAGCAGAUCAGAGAAUGCGCAUGGACUUUGACAGGAAACAAGUAGAGUGUUUGCUGGUUGUUGGACUCUGGUGUGCUCAUCCUGAUCACAGUAUGAGGCCUUCAAUAAGACAAGCUAUUCAGGUGCUGAACUUUGAGGCAGUGAUGCCUAAUCUUCCUACAACAAUGCCUGUUCCUAUGUUUCAUGUGCCUGCCUCUUCAUGUUCUGCUGAACCUUUAGUCAGUAGUUCAAUCCUAGAAAUUGGUCGUUAAAGUUUAAUUAUUUGUCUUCUAAUGUAUUCACAGAUGUUCUGUCAUUCCACAGUGACAUAGUGUUUAAGUUCACACUGGGAAACAUCCUCUUCACAGUGAGGGAAAAAGAGUACCUUCAUCUGUUUUAGGAUAAACCUUGUAGUGAUCAAUAAGAAUUUUGUUCACUGGGUUUGAUACUUUUAUUGUAGAAAAACUUCUUCAUCAAAAGUUUCCGAUGAUUUAUGUAACUUGAUUCUGCUUAAUGUUUUUUUAGG